CCAUUUCCUGCAAUUCUUCACUUCAUUUGUGAUCAUUUGUGCCAACAUUUGGUCACCAAUUAUGGAUCCGCCGAAGACUGAUGAGAGCCCCGAAACAGAGGAUUUAGAAGUUUGGGCCGAUUGUUCAACUCAUAUAUCAAAAAUGGAUUCAAGUCCUCCAGAUCUGGAGUCAUCGCUAGAAGAAGUGGUGAACCUAUUGACGAUGGCUCUCAACAAUCGAUUUCAUGAGGCGCUAGACUUAUGCGAUAAAUGGUUUGUCUUUAUAAUCAAUUCCUAG